CCAUGCACUGCACGGCAGACUACGCCCGUGCGCGAAUUGCGAUUUUCCUGGCUGAAUCGCAAAAGCCAGACCAUUGAGAGAGAUCUCUACGAUUUAAGUCUAAAUCCAUGCUGUGGACAAGAGCACGCUUCCCUGCAGCAAACCUCAAAGCUAAUGUUCUGUUGCCCUUUCAUCACUGCACGAUUUUUGGGGUUGAACAAAGGCAGAAUCUUCUCUAUUGACGUAUGUUUUCGUCGACGUUGGCAGAGAAUGCAACCAAUCGCGUUAUUGAAAGUCCGUUGACUUCCACGCGACUGGCUCUGAUCCUGUAUGAUGACUGUAGCAGAAUCACGUAUGACGGGCACUGAGGCAUUAUGCUCAACGACCACUACCAACAGGAGCUUUGAAGAAAGAGCGCCCUAUGACGUGCUAUGGACCAUCGCCACUCUGUCCGAUCGCGAGACAAUCCACUCGUUAUAUCUCACGUGUAAAUACACGUAUCAUGUCACCUCUCCACUGCUUUGGAGGCGAGUGACACUCGACUCGGAUAAGAUAAUGGACAUAGAGGAGCGCUUGGAUGCCAUGAUUAGGAAUGGGAGGGCGGUCUACGUACAUUCGUGCCGAAUCGUUUUUAAACAAACGUGGCUCGAUCGCGAAGUGCGAACGCGCAUUCUUGACAAACGUUUGCGAGUUCUUGGGAUGAUGAAGAAUCUGAAGAAGCUCACCAUUAACGCUGUCUCCAAUUUUGAUAGCUCCGUAUCAUCUACUCUACAGGGCCUCCACGAUGUGUCCUUCCACCUGGAAUCGCUCUCCACAAAUAUCAUCCCGGAUCGAGCGUUGUUCGACUUUCUUGGGACCCAACCUUCCAUCUUACAUCUGGAUUACUCUGGGAAAAAACGGCUGAUCGUUCCUGGGACUAUUCUCCCCAAUCUCACCUCAGUGCAAGUGAACCCGGAAGUCCUUGUGGGUUUUGCCGGAGGUCAGCGACCGAUCAGUGCCCUCCACCUUCGCGGAUUUGUCAGCGGUUCCAUACCGUUGCACCAUAUCUGUAGGGAUUUCAUGAUAUCGCAAUUCAAUUGCCCGAUUCGUCACCUCAGCGUUGCUGUUGACACUCUCACUGAACUCUUUGGAUCGAGCCUCGCCCCGCUCAUUCCGAUAUUCGCCAACCACCUCUGCGCGUUGGAACUCACAUUCACGGGAAUCCUUUACGGGAGCGAAGCCGGCUUCUGGGCGUUGAUGGGUCGAUUUUCCAACGUUGUCCACCUUACCCUCAUUUUAACUGGACGACAAUGGCAUGAUAAUUUCGACACAGAACGAAUGCUCCCUCAUCUUCCUGGUCGAAUGGGCUGGUUCAAUGGGCUGGACGAUCAACCCUCCGCUUUGCAAACCGUAGUGGUUGUACGCAGGGGUGGUUGGGAUGAGUAUUCGCGCGGACCCGAUCCUCGCACAGAAGGAUGGGGACACGUAGGACAUGAUGGCCCUUCAGUGCCUUAUCCUCAGCACAAGUUGAAUCGAAUGACUGCCUAAGGUUUCCACAUUAGGAGCUGAUCUGGGUCUGCGUGGUCUUGUGCUCAAUGCCGAUCUGAAUGCAUUUACCAUACAUGCGUGUAUGAAAUAUGGAACAUUAAACUCUAUAAGAUAAAUAAUGCACAAAGUCCAUUUUGUCCACACCUGGC